AUGUCUUAUAGACCCAGAUCAAGAUCAAGGUCUCCGGAGUAUCGUCCCAGGCGAUAUUCUCCAUCGAGACCUCUAUCACCAAUGAGGGAUGACAUACCUCCACCAAGACGAUAUGCAGAUGAUAGAGGACCGUACCUACCUCCGAGGAUAUCGCCUCCCCCUCCUCCAAGACGAUACGACGACCCUCCUACAAGACGAGGAGGGGGAUAUGAUGAUUAUCCACCUCCAGCAAGACGGUAUGACGAUGAUUAUAGUCGCUCUAGAUAUGAGGAGGAUAGAUAUGUACCUCCGCCUAGACAGCCUAGAGGGUACGAUGAUAGGGAUAGGGACUGGGAUAGAAGAGGGUCAGGAAUGAUGGCUGAUAGAGAGGAGUCGAGGAUUCCCCCACCUCGAAGAGAGUACAAUAAUGGUGGGAGGGACGAACCCCAAUGGGAGAGAGGCAGGGAUGUAGAGGAAUUGGCUGCACAAGGUGAUGAUUAUCCUAAUUCAGACUAUCCUCAACAACCCAAAAGAGGAGGUGCCAAAGGUCCCUCGGAACCAUCUAGAGAUAUAAUCUUCCUAGGUCUGGAUCCAGAAUUGACUGAGAAAGACUUUUCAGGAUACCUACGAUCAGAACAUAACGCAGUAUUGGAAAGUGUCAAGAUCGUCAAAGAUAAAUUUACAGGAGUGUCGAAAUGUUUUGGUUUUGCUCAGUUCAAGACUCUUGACGGUGCAGAGGAAUUUAUCAACAUAAAUUAUCCGGCAGUAUUAAUGCCAGCUCUAUACUCGCACUCCAACCCUCGUAAAGUGAAAAUCGACUUUUCAGCUACUCUCCCUUCUAGCGAAGGUCACGGUGGUGCAGGUCAACCAUAUGUACAUCAACCAACUUAUGUCAGACCCGCUCAUGACGGUAUGAAAGAUAUAGGUGUUUUCGGUGCGGGUAAAAGAGUAUUACUUCUCCGCGGGUUGGAUGGCAGUACCACUUCCAAUGAUAUAGUAUCGAGAGUCAGUCAGGAGAUAGCUAGGAUGAUGGGUAAGAUAGGAAAAGAAAUUGCUGCUGAAAGCACGAUCGUGAGGGUUGUGAUGAUUGUGGAUAGGAAUGUAAGGAGCAGUUGGGGGUACGCUUUUGUGGAGCUGGCCACAGCUGAGCUCGCGGCUGCCCUUCUUCCCUUCCUGCUCGCUCCUCAACAUCAACCUAACGGUUUCGUCAUCAACUACGUGCCCGUUGCGCCUUCAUUUGCUAAUCCAGCUGCCUUCGUCCCGACGCCUGCUGGACCUCUUGGUGGGGAAUUUAUUCUGCGAUCUUCGAGGAACGGUGGUAUAGCCAGCGAUACCAUCGAGCAACCGGAAGGGAAAUGGUGUGCUUACUGGCACCAGGCUGGAGGAGCCGUCGAGACACUCACUAGAGGUGCGCCUGUGAUCGACGAAGACGGUCUCAUCCAACUCACUCCCGACCAUCGAUCUUUCCUUGGUCACCUCGCUGGUGUUCCACCUCAAGUACCCCAGUCGGCUCCUGCUGAAACUGCACCGACAAGCAUGGCUCCCAUCAAUAUCGCUGGCGGUGUCCAGCCGAUCAAGAUUGGUGGCAAGGGUAAAAAGAAAGAGGAGAUGGCCGGCAUCAUCCCCAUUAGCGGAAAGAACUUGCUAGGAGGUGAUGAGGAGGAAGACUUGGUAGGAAAGGAUUCGGUAUUAUUAUCACGAAGUAAAGGGGUCUACAUCAUCCCGCCAACAUCGUCUAGUCGGAAGAUUGCGAAAAAUAUAAAUAAAUGGAAUACGAAGCAAUCCGAACUGGCCGCACCUGAACCAACGGUAGAUCCCAACGCUCCGCCAAGAGGUAUUUCAGAUGUCAAUUCGACUUUGGGCGUCCGACGACCUAUAGGUAGUUCCCUAGGUGGAGAACAAAGUGCUUCUCCGACCGGAAGUGGAUCUGGAUCUGGUUCCGCUCCUGGACCAUCAAAAUCACCUCAAGCUGCCAACUCGUCAGACGAUUUCGAUUAUACCGAUGUAUCGACACUUGCGACCACCGGUAAAGUCGCUUGCCUACUGUGUCAGCGACAGUUCAAAACUGAAGACGUACUCAAGAAGCAUGUUGCUCAAUCGGACUUGCACAAGACGAAUUUGGCAGACGCUAAUGUGAGAGAAGCGGGUAUGAAACGCAAGACUGCCUUGGCAUCAUCCUCAUCGACGAUGGGAGAAGGUUCGCAACAACCUAAAUAUCGAGAUCGAGCUGCCGAGCGAAGAGAAGCGUUCAACCAACCUUCCGUACCUAUACCUGAGGAAUCGCCUUCAUGGCAAUUGGAACAAGCUAAGAAACGUAAAUUCGCUGAAGGACCUAAACCACCUUCACCUGCUCCACCACCUCCUCCUCCCGGUAUGGAACCAGGUAAAGAUGAGAGUAACGUCGGUAAUCAGCUAUUGGCUAAGAUGGGUUGGAAGACUGGUACGGGUCUAGGUAAGGAUAACGAAGGUAGGGUCGAUCCGAUCUUAGUGCAACAGUUUGAGAACAGAGCGGGUCUAGGAGCAAGUAAAGGCGUGGAAGCUGGACGAUGGUCUGGUCCAGGUGGAUUCCAGCAGAGAGCUCUUGAUAUGGCGAAACAGAGGUAUGAUAGUUCUUCAUCGAAUGAUAACAAGUAA